GUCUUCCAGAUGCUGGCAUCUCCAUCCCCAUCGUCGUCAGGUCAAUUGUCGCAGCUUGGUGCCAGUUUAUACGGGCCACAAAGUGCCCUAGGGUUCCCUAUGAGGGGCAUGAGCAACACGGCUCAGUUGAAUCGUAGCUUACCACAGGGCAACCAGCUACCGAGCCACGUUACCCCUGCCUCUGGAGUCGCCCCCACAAUGUCCCUCCAUACUCCUCCCUCGCCAAGCAGGGGCAUCCUGCCCAUGAACACGCGGAACAUGAUGAACACCCCUCAGCAGGUGGGGCGCCAGGAGGUCAUGGUGGGGGGCAUGCCUAGUGGGGGCAGGACCAACAGCCUGGGCAGCUCGGGCCUGGGCAGCCCCAACCGUGCCUCUCCCAGCAUCAUCUGCAUGCCCAAGCAACAGCAGUCACGGCAACCUUUCACCAUCAACAGUAUGUCGGGGUUUGGAAUGAACCGGAAUCCAUCGUUCGGGAUGAACAACUCGUUAUCCAGCAACAUCUUCAACGGAACAGACGGAAGUGAAAACGUGACAGGUCUGGACUUGUCAGACUUCCCAGCGUUAGCAGACCGGAGUCGGAGGGAAGGCGGUGGGAACCCUACUCCUCUCCUCAACCCACUGGCUGGGAGGGCUCCUUAUGUUGGAAUGGUCACCAAACCCUCAAACGAACAGUCCCAAGACUUCUCCAUCCAUAACGAGGACUUCCCUGCACUGCCUGGUCCCAACUACAAGGACCCCACGUCGAACAACGACGACAGCAAAACGAAUCUAAACUCUUCAGGUAAGACUUCCAGCAGCACAGACGGGCCCAAGUUCCCCGGAGACAAGAGCUCAACAACCCAGAACAACAACCAGUUGAAGAAAGGCAUACAGGUGUUACCGGACGGUCGCGUGACGAACAUUCCCGGGGGCAUGGUAACAGACCAGUUUGGGAUGAUUGGCUUGUUAACAUUCAUCAGGGCAGCGGAGACGGACCCUGGCAUGGUGCACCUGGCACUGGGCAGCGACCUGACAACACUAGGACUCAACCUCAACUCGCCAGAAAACCUGUACCCCAAGUUUGCAUCUCCCUGGGCGUCAGCACCGUGUCGACCCCAGGACAUCGACUUCCAUGUUCCAUCUGAGUAUUUAACCAACAUUCACAUAAGGGACAAGCUUGCUGCAAUCAAACUGUCUCGGUAUGGGGAGGACCUGCUGUUCUAUCUUUACUACAUGAACGGAGGAGACCUCCUCCAGCUGCUGGCAGCAGUAGAGCUCUUCAACCGGGACUGGCGGUACCACAAGGAGGAGCGUGUGUGGAUCACGCGGGCGCCGGGCAUGGAGCCCACUCUGAAGACCAACGCCUAUGAGAGAGGCACCUACUACUUCUUUGAUUGUCUUAACUGGAGGAAAGUAGCCAAGGAAUUUCAUCUGGAAUACGAGAAGCUAGAGGAGAGACCCCAUGUGCCAUCCACCUUCAAUUACAACCCAGCUCAGCAAGCCUUCUGAGAGACUUCCUUCCCCUCGUUCUCAGUCCACCAUGGGAUCCUAGACCUGGUUAGAGUUCUGGUCCCUGGCCCCGGUUCCUCACAGCAGACAGACGGACAGACCUACAGACAGCGAAUGCCGGUGUGGCUGGCUCAGGCAUCCUGCUUUUUAUUCCUCGAUCCACCGUCUGGCAAAUUGACUUUAGGCCAAAUGGAGGGAAAUCCGGCGACCAUUUUGGCUCCGAGCAGGUCCUUCUUCCCCUGAACUGAAUGAUGUGCCACCCAAUCAGACGCUGGUUUCUCUUUUUUAAAAUAUAUAUUUUUUUCUUUUCCCUGUUUUUUCCUGACCUUGUCCCUUUUGUUUUGGUUGGUUGUCAUUUUGAAAACAUUCAGAACCUUUUUGUUGACGCCUCAUUCUUCAGACCUCCCCAUUGGUCACGAAGCACCAUGACAUCAUAAUACACACACACAGACCCUCUGAUAGUGACAGAACAGGGUUGAUCUGUCAUUAUCCAACAGAAGUGUUCAAAGACAAUACCUCAACACAAUGUUACUGUAGCAGAGUGGAAGACCCACAGACAGACAGACAGACCCACAGACAGACAGACAGACGGACAAGAGGCCAGGAGAAAAUGCAAUGUUCAUAUUGUAGCUCUAUUUCGUAAUAAAAGAACACAAAAGAUGUUUGUGGAUUUGUUAAUAUGUGAAGACGAGACCCAUAAUAGUUCAGUUCGGACAUUAACUCACAAACAUUUAUUUUCCUUCUGUUUAUUCUGUCAUUCGCUCCCUUUCCAUCCACCAUUUCUCUGCCCCUUUUCUGCCCACAAGAAUUAUCCACCAAUCAGUGACAGACAACCUCCAGCUGUCCGUAUUAUCCACCAAUCAGUGACAGUCAACCUCCAGCUGUCCGUAUUCACUGAGCCUCAUCCUCCUUCCAGGGACGAACAGGAGAACAAGAAAGAACUGUCUUUGUUACAAUUUUGUAAUAAAAGUACAAAAUGUUUUUCAAUUUUUUGGGAGGGGGGGGGCUUACAGGCAUCACAGAUGAAUAAAGAGAUGUGUUCGAUGUGUAUAUAUUAUAUAUAUGACAUCUAUUUUGGAGAAGAUUAAAAACAGACUGUCGCCCGGCUGUACCUCGUUUUUAGGAGGUGAGCGCGGAGCGAGGCAAUACUGGACGUACUGUACGACGUGGAUAAAACAGGACUGUUCUGGGGACCAUGCCUGUCAAUAACAAUAACCUGCAUUAAAACUGUACUGGGGCCAGUGGAUAGAGGACGACAAUAACUGGUCAGGACAGGGGACCAGGCCUGUCAACAACAACCUGCAUUAAAACUACUGGGGCCAGAGGAUAGAGGACGACAAUAACUGGUCAGGACAGGGGACCAGGCCUGUCAACAACAACAACCUGCAUUAAAACUACUGGGGCCAGUGGAUAGAGGACGACAAUAACUGGUCAGGACAGGGGACCAGGCCUGUCAACAACAACCUGGAUUAAAACUGUACUGGGGCCAGUGGAUAGAGGAUGACAAUAACUGGUCAGGACAGGGGACCAGGCCUCACGCCCUGAACACUUUCAAUUCAACAACCACAGCAAACAAUGAAGAACACCAAGCAUUACAAUCAAGGGUCAGAUACAUUCUCAGUGAGCCAAUAAGAACACCCGUACCCAUGUGAUGGUAGUUUUGGAGGGAUGCGAUUGGAGAAAGAUGAGGACUGAAGCACUUCACUUUGGCUGUUUUUAACAGCAGCUUUUCAUAGGAAAAGAAAAACCCAAUAAAAAGGAAAUAUGAUGAAGAAA